UGCAUAUAACUUGUAACAACAAUAUCAAGGCUCUCUCUCACUCUAUCUUGACAGCAAUCAACUAUGGCACCACAUGGAGAUGCCAUGGGCGGGACAUUCAACUUCUCUAGGCCUCCGAGACUCUCCAACGACAGCCUCCAACGAUCAAUAUCCGACAUCUCAUUCGAAUUGAGCAAAGAAGCAAUAGACUUGAAGCAACUCCCACCAAUAUCCGAGGUUGAAGACGCAAAGUGCGAGUGUUGUGGCAUGGUAGAGGAGUGUACGCCUGAGUACAUAGACCGCGUCCGCGACAAGUAUUCGGGGAAGUGGGUGUGCGGGCUGUGUGCCGAGGCAGUGAAGGAGGAGAUGAAGAAGAAUGGAGGGAAAUCAAAGGAGGAAGCAUUGAGUGUUCAUAUGAGUGCUUGUUCUAAGUUUAACAAGUUUGGGAGGGCUUAUCCUGUGUUGGUACAAGCUGAGGCAAUGAGAGAGAUGUUGAAGAAGAACAAGAGAAGGGCUAAUUCAACUAGUCCUAGGGAGGUUCAAGGAGGACAAAAGAAGGGUGCCAUUGCUAGGAGUUCAAGUUGCAUUCCUGCCAUUACUAGGGACAUGAUUGAUCUCACUUUGGCUAAUUGACUAAGUCCCAUGUCUACUAAUUAACCUUGCAUGGUUUUUCAUGGCCUCUCAACCUUCUUGCUCACCUUUCAAAGGUUUUUUGGGUUGGUACAAAUAAGGGGCAUUUUUUUUUCCUUUCCUAAGUUAAUUUCUUUUUGGGUGGGUUCCCUUCUUCCUCUUUUGCUCUCCAUGGGGGUUUUAUGGGAGGUUACUUGGGUGCAUCUCCUUUUAAUUACUACGUAUGCCUAAUUAGUGAUGGUAGAAGCUAAUCUCUUACUUAUUCUUCAUCACUAAUGUUUGUAACAAGGUUUAAUGGUUGGAU